UAAGGGUCGUUUCCCUUUUCUCAUGUGUGCAUCAUGGGAAGGAAUAUUCCGGUGAGGUUUCCGAGGGUAGCGGCAGCCUUCGACGCUGAUGUGGCACGCACGAGGCUCUGCGGGAGCACAGAGAGUGACUCGCUCCGAGGCUCAGCUGAUUUGUCAGAUCUUGUGAAUUCCUUCAUGGAGGAGAGAGAGGAAGAAGGAGAACAGCAUCUUGUUGGAAAUGAUUCCUAUCAAAAAGUUUCCAACAAGAGGGAGAUGUUGAAGGAAAUAUUCGUCCAAGGUGGGGAUGCCAAACAAACUAUUAUUAAACAAGUUCAACUUGCAUGGAGACUUCUUGACCUAAACCAAAAAUCAUCCCAAUUCAAACGUCAAUUCAUGUCUCACCUCAGAGAGAGAGGCUUUGAUGCUGGUCUUUGCAAAUGCAAGUGGGAGAAAAAUACAAGAUUUCCGGCUGGUGACUACGAGUACAUAGACGUCAAUUUUGCAGGAAACCGCUACAUUGUUCAAGUUUCCCUUGUCUCAGAAUUCGAAAUAGCUCGUCCCACAAACCAAUAUUCUUCGUUACUUGAUGUUUUUCCUCCAAUAUUUGUUGGUAAAUUGGAAGAGCUGAAGCAGGUUGUGAGGCUAAUGUGCACUGCUAUUAAGGGCUCUAUGAAAACCAUGGAAAUGUAUAUACCUCCGUGGAGAAGAAUUGGGUACAUGCAAGCUAAGUGGUUUAGUGCUUACGAAAGAACAACUGACGAGGUUGUAACUAAAAUGACAUCAUCACCUUUUUCCACUGCAAGGUCCAUUGAAUUUGAUGCAAGACCAGUGAAAUCCUACAAUUGUAGGGAUGAUUAUGGGAGUAAGCCUCCAUUUAAUGUUUGUCAUUUGACUAGUGCAUUUUGUACAGAAGGCCCUGGGAUGCUAUUAUAGUCAAAUAUGUGCAUCUAAUUGUUUUUUUGGUGUCUGGUGUUGAUAAAUCUUUGUGUCAAAUGCAAUUAGCUCAGCGACCAAGAGUGCUAACCAGAAGUUCUAGUACAGUGUUCUGGCAUAAUUUUGUCUUUUUGGGUAGGGGAUAUACAAUAUCAGUCUGGUAGGAGAUAAUAAUUAGUGAAUACACUGUAAAGUGGAUAAUUAGUUCAUUACGUGGUUGCUUCAAAAUGUAAUUUCUCUUCAAAUGAUAGAGGUGAUGAAUUGGUAGUGCUUCAUUCAUGCAAAAGCUGCUCAAAGCCUCAAACCAAGGUUUUGAAAUUUUGAAAAACCAAAUACACCUUAUGUAUACAUUAUUGAUUUUGGAUCCCCCCAAAUACAUAUUCUAUUUUGUUUCAUAAA